UUUUUUUUUUUUACAAUAUAAUGUCACUGAAAGAUUUUGAACAAAAUAAUAACUUGACAGCUGUUCAAGUAGCUGUACGUAUAAGACCACUAUCAGAUAAAGAUCGUUCACAACCAAGGUUUGCUCACGCUACAGAAGACGAUGUUCUUCAAGUUCACUCCAAUAGUGUUAUUGUCUCUCCACCUCAUAAUAAAAGUUUUACUUUUGAUCAUGUUUUUGGUCCUCAAACUCAACAAGCUGAAAUAUUUACAACUUUAGGUCAAAAAAGUAUCAACAAAUUCGUGCAAGGUUACAAUGUUACUAUGCUUGCAUAUGGUCAAACUUCUUCAGGAAAAACUUAUACAGUAGGAACAGCUCAUCAUACUGGUCGACAGGACCCUGAACAAGAAGGAAUAGUACCUCGCGCCAUGGCUCUUUUAUUUGAUUUGUUACACCAAAAUGAUAUACGACCUACUUCACCAGCAACUUCUAUUUCUUCUUCAUCUCUUGAUAAUACAACUAAAGGACGUUUACGACCAGUAUCAAGAAUAUCUUACACAUCUUUUAAUAACAACAACAACAAUAACAAUUCAAAAUACAAAUAUUCUGUCAAGGUUGCUUUUGUAGAAAUUUACAAUGAAGAAUUACGUGAUUUAUUAAAUGAUGCACCAUCCAAUGCUCGACCUGCUAUUACUAUUCGUGAAGAUACAAAAGGACAAAUCUAUUGGACUGGUGUAAAGGAAAUGACUGUCAAUAAUACAGAUGACGUUUUAAUGUAUCUUCAACAAGGAACUCUAAAUCGUGCUACUGGAUCUACUGAUAUGAAUGAACAAUCUUCUCGAUCACAUGCUAUCUUUUCUGUCACUCUUCGACAAGAAAAAUGGGUACCUUCAUCAAACAACAGUAUAACCACUUCUCGUACAGCUAGUCCAACCUCACCCAGAUCAAAACCUCGUCCUCUCAGUGCUAUGAAUUUACGAAUGAAUGACUCUCCUACAACAGAAGAUGGUGAAUGGGUCAUUACUACUUCAAAACUUCAUUUUGUCGACUUGGCUGGUAGUGAAAGAUUGAAACGUACAGCAGCAGAAGGAGAUCGACGAAAAGAAGGAAUUAAUAUUAAUGGUGGACUUUUGGCCUUGGGAAACGUUAUUUCUGCUCUUGGUGAUCUUUCCAAAAAAAGUACUCACAUCCCUUAUCGUGAUUCCAAAUUAACAAGGUUACUACAAGACUCACUUGGUGGAAGUGCUAUGACUCUCAUGAUUGCAUGUGUUAGUCCUAUGGAAUACAAUAUAUCAGAGACUCUCAAUACGCUUCAAUAUGCCAAUCGUGCUCGUAAUAUUAAAAAUCGGAUGGAAAAGAAUGAAAUGGAGGAAUGGCUUACAACGGACAAUCUGGAUCUCUUACGCGCUACCAUUACCAAAUUGAAAGCUGAACUUCGAAGUAGAUCACCAUCAACAACAAAUCAAACACAAUCAAGAGGUGGGAGCAGUUUGGGUUUAUCAUCUAUGCAUCGACUUUCGACUGGGGAUGCAGAUCAGAUAUAUCAAGAACAACAAUUAUUGAUUGGGGAUUUACAACGUCAACUAGAAGAAGCAACAACAGAAGCUGUUAUUACAAGGGAACGCAAUCGAAUCAUUGAACAUCAACUCGAAAUGAUGAUUAAUAAAGAUGGUGGUGAAAGUUCAUCCUCUGGUAACUUUGAACAUACAGUAGAACCCAUUAUUCAAGAAUACGAAAAAACUACUGCUGCCUUGGAAUCUCAACUCACUUUGUCUCGAGCAGCUUUGACCCACGCCGAUUUUCGCAUUGAAGAACUUCAAACGUUAACCAGUGAAUUGGAACAACGGCAUGAGCAAAAUCAAGGAUAUAUCGAAGAACUAGAGGGCAAGCUUUUCCAUACAGUGAACGACGCAGUACAAGAUGAAGAAUUGCUUAAUGAACUGAAAAAUCGAAUUAUGAAAUUCAAGGAAUUGGAUGACAGCACAGAACUUUAUAUUCUCGAUCUGGAGAAACAACUAGCCAACAAUGAAGCAGCGUACGCCGCCAAGUUACAGCAAUAUCAGCUAAAAGAGACUCAACAGACCGAACAUAUUAGUCAACUGGAGAAAGAAAUAGCAGAUUUACGAAUACGACCAAAUGAUGAUGGAGAAAAACCACCACCAUUGGAAACAGUUUAUCUUCAGGAACGCCAGGCAUUACAUCAACAAAUCGAAAAAUUACAACAAGAAAUAUCGGAACUGCGAACCCAAUUGGAUCAACAACAGAAAACUACUAACAAUAUACCACUCUAUUUUGACAAGGAUCAUCAUCAUCAACAACGAAAACAACAAAGCAGCUUUGCAGAUGAAGACACAUUGCCUAUUCCCAUACCAAUUGUGGACGCCAACCAUGAAGCAAGGAAAAGGAUGUUCUCAGAUGGUAGUCGUUUACCCAACAAUAAAUCUUCGCUUCUAAAGUCAACUUUAGCUUCUUUGGAACAUGUACAAUCGGAAUAUGCAGUUUUGAAGGAACGAUAUAAGCAUUGGACAGUGGCUGGCAACACAACAACCACAAUGGAUCAGCAAUCUUCUCAAGGUAGCAGUAUCGGACCGACAAUAAGUACAGGUUCAACAUCCUCAUCAUCAUCACUGACAUCAGCAUCAUCACAAUCAUCAUCAUCAGACAGUAUAGGCACGGGAGGAAUGACGACAACAACUAGAUCUUUACAAAUAGCAACUUCAGGAAUCAAUGAUAUUACUCUUGAGAUAUCGGAUAUUCGACGCAAAGGGGAAAUUAUGAUACAACAAUAUCGAGCUCAAUUACAACGGAUUCAUGGAGCUAUUCAAAGGGUAGAGAAAUUGGAAAAAUCGACAGCAUCUGAUGAUCAAAUAUCAACACCAUAUGCGGACGAACAACGAGAAGCGAUCUUGGAUUUGGGCCAGCAACUACGUGAUCGACAAAACUCACUCCAAGAUGCAUGUAUCCGGUUUGAAACAGAAAUGGAAACUGAUCUCCAACAAUUGGAACAACAACGAUAUACCACCUUACCACCUUCACCAUUGACACAAACCUCAGAAACGAUGAACAACGACGUGAAUGAUGAGAACCAACAGGAAACAGAUGAUGAAGACAGACAACAACGGAUGGAUCGCAUCAUCCAACGAGUAGCCAAUGCAACACAGGAAGUUGAAAUGCAUCGAUCCAAAACAUACGUACUUCAAACCAAGUUACAAAAGAUUGAAGUAGCCUAUCAUACUCAACAACAACGAAAAUCUUCUGCUUCAGAUGAUCAAGAUGGGAUUGAACAAUUGAUGAAGAAAAUGGACGCACUCAAACUUCAGUUGGAAACAAGAGAAAUUAAAUCGAUAUCUGUUAAGGAAGGAUAAGACAAAUUUUUUUUUUUUUGGUAUCAAGUUGGUUGGUCAUUCCUGUCUAUUCAAUAGUUUGUCUCAUGGAAUGAUUUUUUUAUUAUUAUUAUUAAUAUUAUUAUUGUUAUUGUUAUUAUUGUUAUUAUUUAAUUAUUACUAUCCCUUUUUGUCUAUUUUAUAUUACCCUUCCCUUUUUUAUUAUCAUUAAUAUUAAUACUAGUUAUAUAUCUCAUACCCUUCUCCCUUCUUUUGUUUUGUAGUCCAACCAAAAUAUUGUUUCUAGAUUUGAUUAUUAUUUUUCUUUGAUUUUAUUGUUUAUACGUACAUUGUCAAUAAAGAUUUAUAUACAUAUGUUUAUCGC